CAAUCAAAACAAAUACAGCUAUUCAAUAUCUGAUUGCAUCAGCACAACACCCAAACCCGCACAUAGCAUAUUAAAAGGUGGAUCCUUCCGAUGGCUGCUUCAAUCUUCUGUUUUUAUCGGACAUCAUCUCCAUUCGAAUGCUCUGCAAGACCUUCUCGAUCCCCAUGUUGCGGUUCCAAUUUUUCAUCGCGGGAACUUUUUCUUUGAUCACAUCGCCGUUUUUCGAGUCCACACAGGUCAUGUUGAUUUUCGAGAUGAACUUCAAAACAGGUGGAACCGCUGGAUACUGGUCGUUGCAAUGAAUUCGCAGCUGGUAAAAUCGGCCAUCGUGUUGCGUCUGUGAAGAAGAGGGAUGAAACGAGAUCGAAUAGGUGAGACGAACGAAUAYCAUUCCCCAAGAGCACUCCUUUACAAAUUAUAUUUCAAUGAAUCUUGAAUCAGGAACUCAAACGUACUCCCGCGGGGCCUAAGAUACCGCCAUUCCAGUCCGAUAAAAAGGUAUCACCCGAAUCUACCAAUCCGAAGCUGAUCGACAUAUCGCCGUGACCCUUUUCGCUAUUUUCGAGCUCCUCCAGAAGCUUGAAAUUGCGCGGCACGAUCACCGUUUCACCCAUUGGAGUUCUUUGCAUGAUUGGAUUUGGAGACGGUUCAAAUUGAAAGUUGGGAAGAUGAUGAAGCCUGGUGAGAUACAGUCGCACCCUUAUGGUCGUAAGUCACUUUCAAUGCGGUUGGAAUGUUCGUAUCUUCCCCGUUGCGGCGAGGCCUCGAGCCAAUUUCUGGUAAGAGUUUUCAGAAGAUAGCUCCAAUGGCUUCUUUCUAGUCAUAUUCAUUUAUUUUUCUUUGGGGGGAGAAAUUCUUAAAACAAUAUUUGGGGGAUUCGUAUUCGAUACUGUAUCAAGGASGAUGGUUUUAAGGUUUUUUGMGCGAGAGCCUCAAAAGGCCCGAAAAACCUCAAAACCAAUCAACGAYGAGAGWUGAUCAUUCCGAGCCAAAAUAUUUCGGACGACACCUGUAUCACACCUCGUUCUGCWCRGUACUCGUACCUAUGAUAYCGCAGUGAAUAGAAUUAUUGUUCCUUUUGUCUCCCCGUGCAAUGAUAUCAAAAUCAAGUAUGAUAGCAGAAAACGACAACAUCGAUGAAGAAUCCUCGCUGGAAAGUUCAGACGAAGCUCUCUUGGAUAUGCUUGGAUUGUCUUCAUUGAAAGAUGUGUCGGCAGUUACCAAUGGUGACGAAAUCUACGAAUCUGAUCGUCACAUGGAAAUGCAUUCGACAAGAACCAACUCAAAUCUUCCYGUUCUCUCUAACACUUGGCUGGAUGAAAAUCUUCGCCCUGAAGCGAAAACAAUGUAUUGGAACGAAUCUGUUUUUCAAUUUCCUGAAGAAUGUUCCGUUUCAGCAAAACACCUAAGAAUUAUGACGGAGGAGGUUGUAUGGGGAAGUGGCCCAAACAAUUCCAAAUACCGAGCAGAUAGAUCUUAUGAAGGAAUWAAGAUUUGGAAAAAUGGAGAGAUCGAAGAGAGAAAAACCUUAACGAGAUUAGAGAACUUUGUAGACGGUCACCCAGGUUGGAGUGAACUUUGUCACGGAUACAUUAGACGUAUUUUGUCAGCAGCCUUAGGGGUCGAAAUGGUGUUGUUUAAGGAAAAAUUAAACAUGAAACCACCAGGUGGAAGGUAAGUAGAAGGGACUUGUGGGAUUGUCACGCGUUCUCCAUAAUGAACUAACAUGUGACCUCUUCAAACUUCGCGAAGUGGUUUUGCACCUCACUUGGAUUCCCCGUCGCUUAGAAUAGCUCUUGGUUCAGAAGGACCGAAGACUUUUUGCACUGUGAUGGUAGCUAUUGAUGACAUGACAACGAAGAAUGGAUGCUUGCGUGUCUGCAAAGGAAAUUGGACCGAAAAUAAUUGUUGUGCUGUAAUAAAGCCAAACAAAGACGACAAUCCGGAUGCUGGCGGAAGGGCUGGUGCUAUACUUCCAAGGAUUGCUGACGAUUUGGAGUUUGGAGAUUUGAUUUGUAAGGGUGGAAGUAUAGCGGUAUUCAAUGGCUGGUGCCCGCAUCGCAGUGCUGCCAAUCUUUCGCCAUUUCCUCGCCGUGCCAUCUUCCUCACCUACAAUCCAAAAUGCGAGGGUGAAUAUCACAAGAAGUACUACGAACAAAUGGAACAGAUACGAAACRAAUGGAGACAAAAAGUCGGRAUAUUGAAUAGAAAUCAAAGGWUGGAAGAUGAAAARAUUGAAAUGAUAGCACUGUCUUCAGUGCCAAAAUAAGGAAUCCCAAUCCGCAAUGAGACCAACUGUCGUAAGAUUGAAGUUCUCAAGACAUGUUCUUAACUAUCAUCMUUGGCUUUCGAUGCUUUCACAAACUUGCAAACUCGUGCAUUACCGUGAAGGUCAAGUAUAUUCAACCAAUCUUCUUGUCUUGCAUCGAGUCGAUCAUUUUGCGACUUAACUUCAACGAACAUACAUUCAACUCGAAUCSGUUGAAGCUCAUGUCUGAAACWAAGUUUCUCUGGCAUCGAAUAAAAAGGUUUCGCUUCAUUCUCAUUUGAAUGGUCCUCUUSUUGAACAAAAAAACCGUUGGGUCGAGAUGAGUUUCGCGAACGACUAGACCGUUGAAAUUUAAAGRUGGCUCUGCCACCAGAAUCGCCUACCUUCGAGCAACCCAGGAAAUCCCCAUCAGUAUCGGCAAAGAUYCGAGCCACCUGCUUUGCUUUCAUGGCUUCUUGAUAUUUACUACUGAAUUCCUCUCCUAUCCAUUCUCCCAAAUCAACAAGUUCCCCUAUAAAAUUAUCGUUUCUUGUCGAUCGGUCAUCAGCAGUAGAAUUAUAACGGAAAGCUCUUACCAAAAGCAAAUCUGGAAGUCCUCCACUGUAAUGACGAUAAUCAAAAAAUAGGCAUCGAAAUGCAGAAGAAAGCACUUUGCCGCCUAAYCCAGCUGCUACCAUAGCUAAAGUUCGCGCCUGUUGCAAGUCGGACUCCAAUGAGGGAUCUCGACGAUGGAGGGAGUUCACGUACUGAACCCUUUUGUUCAGGCAAUCGUAGACAAAAUCGGAGAGAUCUUCUCCGUCGAGGUUUGAUAAUCUUCCAAGGAAAUCGUUGAURCUAUWUUUCCUCGCUGCAUAAAUUCCACCAWACCGUGAUUCAGCGGGAUCAGUCCGUUCUGCUCCAACAUGUAGGUCAAAAGGGGCUCCUUGGUAAGGCGUCAGGUGUACUGUCGGAGGUACGGARGCAGGAUCUAUGGACUUGGUGGACUCCCAGUCCAUACCGAGGGUUGCGGAGGACAGUAUCCGGAAAAGGAUGCGGAUUUUUCCCCCUUCAUCAUGAUAGCCAUACCAUCCCCCAUUUCUUUGAGAGUCGUCGGAUAGUGGAAGACGGCCCUGAUGAUAGUAUUCUUUUGCCAAUUCUUCAACGUUCAAGGAGCCCGUCCGAACCGCAUGGUCGUCGUUUUCGAAGCCKAUAAAAGAGCAUCUCCCACCAGCUGAAGCACGAUCCGUACCAAUUGCAUUUGCUACAGCUGUAUCAAAUGUAGGACUCCAGUCGUUGUAUUUUUCCACUGCUUGUUGUGCUAUAGUACCAUUGGAUAGUCGAAGGCCGAGUUCGCUGGUUUCAAACGAAAGAAGUCCUUUGAGUGUACUAGAAAGAGGACGCUUCAAGCGCCUGGCAAGGGUCCUUAUGGAAGAAAACGCUAUUUGACCU